AGGUCCGAUCCGGUGAAACGAAUUCCAGUUGUCGGAGAUUUAAACAGUUCACUCUUCUCUGACGAAUCCGUAAUCGUGGAGGAGCAGAACAAUUAGACGAAAGUAGGAAGUCCGGGUAAAUAGGCAGAUGAAAAACAUAUCUGUAAUCCCAUGACCGUCGUGUCGAGUGGAGCCCUUCCAAGCUUAAGGGAAACUCUACCGAUUGUCUGGAGGAAGCGAUUGUCCGUCUGAUUCUGACCCGAACACCUGCACGAUUCCCUCUCUUCCUGCGGCGCUUCCUUAGAGGAGGAAAGCAGCAAGGUAGCCGGCGAGCGAACUCCACCGCGGGUCGGCUGGACGAGGAUCGUUUAUCCAUUUUAUUAACUGUGUGUGUUUUAGCAGGACCACAGCGGGUAUCAGUGACGCAGUUCUUGAGAAGUGAGAGAGCUCUAAACCACAUUUCAUGCACCUUUUUUAAGACACAGACACACAGUGAGUGAGGAAAUGUUUUUUGUGUCUCAGCCUUCAUCUAGUGUUGAGUCAACAGUCUCAGUCGAGCUGCAGCAGCUCAAAACAGGGGUUAACUAACACAACAAUGCGAUAUUGUCACGAAUACCGUGUUUCCAUGUCAGGAGCCCUGAUGUUCUGGAUUCUUCAAGGUGUGUGUGGUGUUUUGGCUGACACAGUGAUGGUGCUCAAAGUUGGGAGCUCCCUGGAUCUUCCUGUUCAAUACCCAAUUGAAUCAGUGUUAUCGGUUCAGUGGAUCUUCAAUGGGAAAACUUUUGCUGAAUACAUUAAAGACCAAAGUUACACACUUCUGGAAUCCCAGUUCGGUGGAAGAUUAACGGAGAACAAUGACAGAGUUGGAGUAACUGUACAAGAUCUUCAACCUCAAGACUCUGGGACAUUCUCAGUGUAUGCAGAAGGCACUGAAACACAGCUUCCAACACAGACAUUUAAAGUUUAUAUUCAAAUUCCCAUAACAGCUGUGCAGAUUGAUAAGAACCAGACGUGGAGAUUGUCCACAAACAGCUGUGAUGUUGAUGUGAAGUGUGCAGCGCUCGGAGCUGAGAAUGUCUCCUACCUGUGGAGCGGCUAUAGGACUGGGAGUGGAGCUCAGCUGCAGUUCAGUCUCUCACCAGCAGAAGGAGCUGUUACACUGAACUGCACUGCAGUUAACAACGUCAGCUCCAGUUCUGCUACAGAGACACUGAGCUGUAGCGCUGAACAUCCCAGAACAGGCUGCAGCGAGGACCUUCUCGCAACUCUCGCCGAUUGGUUACAUGGAGUGGUCGGGGUUUAUGACCUAUACUGCAUCCAGCCACCUGGGGUCAAUUUGGCUUCACUUUUCAGGACUUGUGCAGCACACAGCCGCUGCUGA